AUGCCGGACACGUCGUUCUCCCCAAGCCCUUACCAAGCCCUGUACAUGGGCAUGGAAUUGGUCAUCGCUGUGUCCUCAGUGAUAGGAAACGUGAUGGUCAUCUGGGCAGUAAAAAUGAACAGGUCUUUAAGAGACACAACCUUCUGGUUCAUUGUAUCUCUGGCGGUGGCAGAUAUCGCAGUAGGAGCGCUGGUCAUCCCACUAGCCAUCACUAUCGAUGUCGGAUUCCAGACUCACUUCUACAGCUGCUUGCUGGUAGCGUGCAUAGUGCUGGUUCUCACCCAGAGCUCCAUCCUCGCCCUGCUCGCCAUCGCCAUCGACCGGUACCUAAGGGUCAAGAUCCCAACCAGUUACAAGAAUGUGGUCACUCCGAAACGAGUGGGAUUGGCAGUGGUCGUUUGCUGGACAGUAGCCUUCAUAGUUGGCCUGACUCCCAUGUUUGGCUGGAACAACUUGCACGAUCUCCAGAUGAAGAACGGCUCACUCAGCACCGACCUCAUCAUCUGUAAGUUCGAGACCGUCAUCAGCAUGAAAUACAUGGUCUACUUCAAUUUCUUUGGCUGGGUGCUUCCACCACUUCUCCUCAUGCUGGCCAUCUACAGUGAGAUCUUCUACAUGAUCCACAAACAGCUGAACAAGAAGGUGAGCAACAGCCAUACUGACCCUAGCAGGUACUACAACAAAGAACUGAAGCUGGCAAAGUCUCUUGCACUUGUCCUCUUCCUGUUCGCUGUCAGCUGGCUCCCGCUUCACAUCCUGAACUGCAUCACGCUCUUCUGGCCAAAAUGCAAAAAGAAUAUUUUAUCUAUCUACAUUGCCAUUUUACUUAGUCAUGGCAACUCAGCAGUGAACCCCAUCAUAUACGCCUUCCGAAUUAAAAAGUUCCGCACGGCUUUUAAGGCGAUCUGGAAGCAGUACUUUUGCUGUAAGGAAACUUCUCCACUCGAAAACCAGACGAGUGAGAGAUUCGAUAUUCCACAUGUUAAACAUCCGGCCGCUCAGACUCCAUCUCCAGUGGAGCAUAACAACAUUUGA